AGAUGUGUUUAGGGCUCGAGUCCCGGUUCACCUCGUACUCAGUAAGAGGCGUGGCAGCAGAUCUGUGAACGGCGGGGAUGCCUCGGUCACCAGCCACGAGUUGGUUCAUUGAUAAACAUUUGGACGACUGCAUUUUUCUCACGGAGAGCGAGAGCACCACUGUCGGUGCAGCCUACGCGUAGGAGAAGCUGCAGUGAUCAACAAGAAACCAGUUCAACUAGCUGUUGAUCCCCCACCGCCUGCGCGAGGUUCAUCUGUCCGGGACAUCCAGAAGCUUAUACAGUGGUUAUAAACAGGUUGUCAGACCAGUUUUUUCCCCAGGAUGACUUAAUCACCGCACCUGCACACUACGAUGGAUUAUAAUCGGUUAUACUAUAAGACAAUGAUAUUAAUGAGAUUUCCACGCGCAGUUUUUAUUGUCUGGUGAGGAGUGGAUUUGGACUUUUCUCACGGGACGUUUUGCCACACCAAGCCGCCAAGCUGGCUAUGGCCGCGGCAAUCGCCAGCUCCCUCAUUCGGCAGAGGAGGCAGGCGAGUGAGCGCAAAAAGGCGAUUGCCUGCCAUGGUGCGAGCAGCCCCAGUAACAGUAAAGGGACGGCUGAGAAACCGAGCAAGCUGAACGUGUUCUCGCGCGUCAAACUGUUUGGCUCGAGGACGAAACGGAAGAGAAGGCGACCACCAGAGCCCCAACUGAAGGGCAUCGUCACCAGGCUGUCCAGCCGGCAGGGCUUCCACCUGCGGCUGCAGGCAGAUGGCACCAUCGAUGGCACCAAGGACGAGGACAACAGCUUUGCCGUGUUCAACCUGAUUCCGGUGGGACUUCGUGUGGUGGCCAUCCAGGGGGUCCAGACCAAACUCUACCUGGCCAUGAACAACGAGGGCUUCCUCUAUACCUCUGAGCACUUCACGCCAGAGUGUAAGUUUAAGGAGUCUGUGUUUGAGAACUACUACGUGACUUACUCUUCCAUGCAGUACAGACAGCAGCAGAGUGGGCGGGCCUGGUACCUGGGCCUCAACAAGGAGGGCGUGGUCAUGAAGGGAAACCACGUCAAAAAGAACAAGGCCGCCGCCCACUUCAUCCCGAAACCACUCAAAGUGGCCAUGUACCGGGAGCCAUCCCUCCACGACCUGACGGAGUUCUCCCGCUCCGGCAGCGGGACACCCACCAAGAGCCGCAGCGCGUCCGCCCUGCUCAACGGAGGAGGCAAGACUCCAGACCACGAGUCCACAUAACCUCCACACACACACGCUCGCUCACACACACACACUCACACACACAUGGGUCGUGUGUGUGGCAGAGGAGUUAGCCUGGUCUUUACUGACUACCACUGUGACUCUGAUGUAAAUACUGUCCAGUCCCCCCCUGUCUCUGCCGGGCGGGGGAGGGGGCGAUGCUGAGCCCUGCUGCGGGCCCCUAGCUGCUCCUCCCUGGGCCUCAUCUGAAGCAUCUCUCUCCCGGCCUGGAACAGAGACAGAGACGGAGGUCACACACACACACAUACAGACAUACACAUUAGCACAAACAUACACAAACACACACAAGCACACACACACAUUGAAAGGGCAUGCUAUGUGUUUAAACUGUGAUUGUUGAUUAGCCAUGAGAGGACGAGUGACUGAGUGACACCCUCCCAGGUACACUAUGAACAACCAAUCAGAUCUCCCGUCCGACAUUCCUAAGGAGCUUCUGCACAGCCAAUGAAAUUAGUGUUCCUGUGUACCAAAGACUCAAUGUGUUUUCCCUCAAUGGUUUUUUCAAAAGGAAGAAAUAGGAAAGAGAGAGAAAGUAUGAUAGGGAGAGAUGAUAGAAAGUGAUUUUUUUUCUCCAUUUU